GCUGGUUCGGAGGAGGUGAUAAAGAUGCUAUACAACCACCAGCUUACGAUCCUAGCAAAGAUAAACCAAAAGAUUUGCCGAAAUUUGACGAUAAUGUUAGCCAAACUGAGAAGGAAGAAGUUGGUCAACAGCAAGCAACAUAUUCGCCUUACUCCUUACCUCCAGAUUCAGGUUUAGAUAGUGCUCAACACGUUGAAAUGCGUAGACGAAUCGGUCAGGCCAGUCUGGAGAACUGUUCAGUGAUAGAAUCGAUGCUCUCAGAAUGUAUAAGGAAUGGAUCGUUUACAGAGAAGAGAGUGAGGGGAUGCGAUUGGUUGAGGGAGCAAUUCUACAGUUGUUUGACUGAACAGCGGAAUGCCUUAACGGAGCUUGGAUAUGCUAUCCCGGGUAAUACACCAGAGAGAGAUUUCAAGAUACAGAGUUUGGCAGAUAGACUAUCCCAGGAGAAGGAGAAGGAAGCCAAAGAAGGCAAAGGACCAUUCGACAGUCAGAAGAAGUCUAGUAGUUGAUUAUUUAUGAAAUGCAUGUAUGUAUCUAUAACCAAAGAGUCCUACCGUGAAGUAGCAGAUGAUAAGCAUUGUUGCACGACGUCAAUGAGGUGGUUGUUCUCUAGUGCAGCUGCUACUCUCUCUUUAUCGUUGAGCUGCUUGUUUAUUGCGUCUUCUUGCUGAUGCGUGCCUUCGCGAACUCUGACAUCAACCUUAAAACGAGGUGGCAACGCUCUCAGGAGCCUAACCCUGAGGCAUAAACCAAUGAGCGUCGACAUUGAACAGUGGGGGAUAGUUGGUGUGAAUAAAAUAACAGCUUCUGAUUCCUCGUCGUUGAUUUCAAUCUGAGCUUUCGAAACUACAGCGAGUUGUUCAAGUGUGAGUGGAUGCUCUGGAUCGUUUAUGUCCUUCAAUAGCUCAAAUACUUCGUCAUUAUCAAUGCCCUCCUCGACAGCCUUAUCCAAGUCCAAGUGGGCGUGCUUCAAGUCGUUGUUGCCAUCCUCCGAAGUGAGGAAAUCGGUAGACCAAGGAUCGCUUGUAUCGUAUGCACUCCCGUUAGAGUGGCUGAUCUCGUGUAUAAUUGGAUUUGCGUUUAUCUUAUCGUCCGACAUUUCGCGAUCGACGUUUGAAAGCAACUUUCAAGAUGUUAACUGGGAAGAUACGAAAAAUCGGACUAUCAACGAAAGUACAAUGGAGAUCAUUCUCUAGAUCUAGGAGUCUCUCUCUCGCUAAACCAGUCGAUGAAUACAUACCGACUAGGACUACACAGUCGCUAUCUUCUCAGAUUUCUGCGGCGUUUGAUUUGCUUGAUUACAAAUCGAUAACGCCAAUUAGAACUCUCCUUAGUCAACUCUCAAAUCGCUCAAUGAAGGAGCUUCAGAUGGGGUUAUCUUAUGAGAGCACACCCGAUAACGAUCGUGCUGUCAAUACUAAGCAGACACCAUCAAAUGAGGUCCUUCUGAUCGCCCAUAUAGCUAGACCUUCUCCGCAUCUCAGAUUAGCAGAUCGGAUAUCAAUCUGCGCUGGAUUCGCUGUUGCUGCUGGUGAGAACGACGAAAGUCCACUCGUAGUGAGCUGUACACACACACUCAAUUCCAUGAAAUCCGCUUUGAGUGAUACUUCUACUGAUACUCCGUCGGCAACACUCAUCUUGACAUACGAUAACGGAUCAAUUACUGAAAUAAGGUCCGCAGAAAGCUUGGAAUCAUGCCUACCACUGAAUGACAUCGUAUUCUACAAACCUUCAGCUACAUUGUUCGGAAAAGGACAAAACUUGCGGACAUUACCAGUCAAUCCUUACCCACCACCACCUAGAGCACCUGUGGCAGUUUGGCUACCUCCAAACACAACUAUGGAUGCUCCCGAAUGGACCUUUGGUAGUAUAGAUCGCUAUACAACGCCUAAUGCAAAAUUAGCACAGAUAGGCACCUACGAUCAUCUAGCGAACGUGGAAAUAAACGACGCAAUACCAAGGUUGGGUGCUAGUGGUUCACCAAUUAUUGAAAUUGAAUCUGGUGCUGUCUGCGCUAUUGUCAAAGGUGCGAUAAGCACUUAUCCGAAAUCCAGGGGAUGGGCUACGCCUGCAGAAAGAGUUUGGGAAUGUUUCGAUCUCCCUGGUUUAAAAUUUAGAUAGUAACUUGUAGAAUUCUUCUUUAUUUCUUUGUUUU